GUCAAACUUAUGAAGGCAAACCUGUUUUUGCACGUGAUCUAAAGGCUGUUGGUGCCAUGGCUGUUUUGCUAAAAGAUGCCAUCAAGCCGAAUCUUGUGCAAACAUUAGAAGGAAAUGCAGCUAUUCUUCAUGGUGGACCAUUUGCGAGUAUCGCUCAAGGCACUAAUACGGUUAUUGCUACACGAAUGGGGCUUUCUCUUGGAGAUUUUGUAGUGACAGAAGCAGGUUUUGGAGCUGACCUUGGAGCUGAAAAAUUUCUUCACAUCAAGUGUGUUUCUUCAGGGCUUAAACCAGAUGGCGUAGUUGUAGUUGCUACUGUAAGAGCAUUAAAACAUCAUGGAGGAGUCCAUAAAGAUGUACUGACAAAUUCUGAUCCUGAUGCUGUGAGAAAAGGAUUCUGCAAUCUCGAAAAACAUAUUGAGAAUGUUCAGAAAUUUGGCCUUAAUCCUGUCGUGGCUAUCAAUGCAUUCCCCACAGAUACAAAUGAUGAAUAUGAAGUCAUUAAAGAGUUAUGUGCACAAAAAGGUGUGAAAGCCAUAGUAAGUACUGCAUUUGCAAAUGGUGGAGCAGGAGCAUCAGAACUAGCCGCUGCUGUCGUAGAGAGCAUACAUGAAGGUGAUGUGAUGAGAAUGCCUGGUCUUCCUGCGAUACCGAGUGCGGAACAUAUUGACAUAGAUGAUAAU